AUGUCGGUCGCGCCCAGCAACAGGUUUCAAGGGGGGAAGGCGUUCGGCAUGCUCAAGGCCCGGCAGGAGCGGCGGCUGGCCGAGAUCAACCGGGAGUUUCUCUGCGACCAGAAGUACAGCGAUGAAGAGGACCUUCCAGAGAAGCUCUCAGCCUUCAAAGAGAAGUACAUGGAGUUUGACCUGAACAACGAAGGCGAGAUUGACCUGAUGGCUUUAAAGAGGAUGAUGGAGAAGCUCGGGGUCCCCAAGACCCACCUGGAGAUCAGGAAGAUGAUCGCGGAGGUGACAGGUGGGGUCGGCGCCACCAUCUCCUACCGAGACUUUGUGAACAUGAUGCUGGGCAAACGGUCGGCCGUCCUCAAGCUAGUCAUGAUGUUUGAAGGAAAAGCCAAAGAGAGCAGCCCCCAGCCGGCUGGCCCCCCUCCAGAGAGAGACAUUGCCAGCCUGCCCUGA